UCUACAACAAUCGCCUUUAUUGCUGGUAAAUUAUGUAGGUUACCGUAUGUUGGGGGUUAAUAUUAAAUUUAGCCGUUUUCAUUAUUUAGGCUAAAAAUGGCUGAUUUGGGUGUUUACAAACUGGACAACGGAGAAAGUUUUCCUACGAAUUGUUUCCCGAUAAGGUCAUUUCAUCAGAGUAAAGAAGGAGCAGGACAUUGGUUAAUUGCCCAAAGAGUGAGUGUGGAGGACCGGUACAAGAUCCUUAAGCAACCAACAUCAGUAGAACACUUAAGCACAGCACCAUCGGGUCAGUCUGAAUGCAAAAGUCUUGAGCAAAGGACAAUAAAAUGUUCUGGAAACACUUUAAAUGGACAGAUUUUGCUGGCUCUACACUGUGUGGACAGACCAUCUGAUCUUUGCUCUGUGGACAUAAGUGAAAAAAAGCUGGAGUCGGUUACACUAGAAGGGUUGGAGGAAUUUGAUAAUGUUGCUUACAUUAAUGCUUCAGACAACUUUUUAACCCUAGAGGCUUUUAGCAGGUUUCCUGCACUGAGGGAACUGGAGUUGUUGCUGAAUGGUCUCAGCACUGUGGAAGUUAAUGCUGUAGAUUUUCCGAGAUUAGAGGUCCUGGACCUGUCCUAUAAUAAUUUAUCAAGUAAUAGUAUAUUGGCCAUUGGCCUUCUACCAAGAUUAAAGGUGCUUCAUCUGACUGGAAAUAAUCUGCAUACACUUCCGCUUGAUAUGGCUGGGCCUAAUACUCCCCAUGGUGAUCUAGCACCAAUGUCCAGUGAAUUGUUUCAGACUCUUGAAGUGCUGAUGCUGGAUGAUAAUAAACUGUCUUCUUGUGUCUUCAGAGGUCUUUCAAAUCUUAAAAGGCUUCAGCAUUUAAAUCUAGAAGGAAACGCCAUCUCUGAAGUCCCUUACCCUCAGCCGACACCAAUGCUACAGGUGCCAGUCUGCUCUGAUUCCCAAGGGAACCAACAGAAACAGUUAAAUAUAGAGACUGAUAUGGAAUCACCACAGUUGGAAGAUGUUGAAGAUUUCUCUCCACCAUUUCCAGAGCUUCGCUAUCUGAACCUAGCUAGCAAUAAGAUAUUUGAAGAAGAGGCAUUGUUGGCUGUAGCAUUGCUUCCUCUGCUUAGUGAGCUUGUUAUCCACUCAAACCCACUGACUACUCAGAGGAGUGGUGACCCACCAAUGUUGACCUGGUUUCUUCAAGACAGACUUGGUAUUAAAAUAAGGUGUAAGAAGUCAGAUAAUAAUGUAAAGCCACAUCUUGUGCUCCCUGUCAACCUUAAAAGAAAGGUAAAAACCAAAAUCCCAAAGGUACUAAAGGUUUCCUUGAUCACAGAGGCCUUGUCUGCUCCAGAAUUCCCUUCUAUAGACAGUGGUACUGAACAACAAACCAGAUCACAGCCAUCAGAUAUCAAGUGCACUGAGGAGAAUGUCACUAUUUCCAGUGUUUCAGAACCUUUGGAAUGGGAAAAUGCAGAAAUCCACAGCGAGACUCAGCAAAAUGAAGAACCAUUCUUUGAAACAGAGGUAAAUGAUUUGCUUGGACCUGAGUAUCAGGACAAAACAGAACAGUCAGCAGACAGCACACAUCUUGGGAGAAAUGAUGCAAAACAAUGCCCAGAUAAACUCCUUGGUUAUGAAGCCCUACUAGAUGAUAACUUGGAGUUAGACAGGCCCAAGCCUGGUGGAAUCCAGCAGACCGUGAGAGCCCUGGAGUACACUCUGAAGAACUUGCUUGUGUACAGAGAUUCCAAAGCAAAUCUUGAUCAUCUACAGAGACCAUAUAAGGAACAACCAAAAAGAAUCAAGAAUUUGCUUCCUGCAAAACCACAAAAACCAAAAGGGGAGAAAGUUAAAGAAAUUCUCACAGAAAUGAAGGAAAGAAAAACAAUCAGUGAAGUCCCUCUGGAGGAAGUUCUUCGAGGCAAAGAUAUAUACAGGAAUGAAUAUAAAAAGGCGCUGAUGUUACUGAAAGAUAUGAAGAGCAAGUACAAGAUGAUCCACUUGAAAUCAAUGGAGCAAGCAAAACAAAUUGAGAGCCACUAUAGAACUUCUAGGGGAAUAAAUCCAUUAACAUGAAUUAAAACUAUAAUCAUGGAUCAGUAAAACCAUUUAUUUAUAUUUUAUUUGUAUUUUGCUGGUCCAACAACUUUUUUUAUUAUUAUUAUUUUUUAUUUAUACCGCAGUAUUUAUACCUGAUAGACACACCAUGGUAUCACAAUGUGUUGAUUAAUCUUCUAUAACAUCAGCUUUGAUUGUAAUGACAGAUGCAAAACAAAUCAUCUUCUUUUAAUAUAUCAUCUACUACACAUGGACAUGUAUGUCAGAUGCUCCACAUAAACAAAUUUUUAAAUGGGUGUAAUACUGUGAUUUUUUUUUUUUGUGAGGAAACAUUAAUGUAAAAUUUUUGAGAGGGGGUUUUAGUGUUUACAUUACAUUUGUGUUUAC